UAAAUAAUAAUGGUCGUUUGACGUUCGAAAUUACCACUUUUUCAUUUUUAAUUCUUACUUAGUUUCAUUCUUUAUAAUUUAUAAUUUAAUUCCAUGUGAUCCAAUUAAUUCUGGAUACUACUGUUAUCAUUUGGAUGUUACUCGAUUUAAUGUGUGAAAAUGGAUAACAUAUAUGCAAAACUAAAUGAUUGGAUCAAACUGGUUCAGUCACAUCAAUUGAAAGGAAUAGCAUCAGAUGUAAAGAAAACAAUUACAGUAGAUCUUAAUGAUGCAAGAUUGAAUAAAACAGUUUUCAAGUUACUAUUGCAUCUUUCUCGUACUGCAGAUCAGUUUGAUAAGUCAAAAAUUGAAACCAUUAAGGAAAUUGGAAAACUGACAACAACUAUCUGUUCCCUCUUAGUAUCAGUACCAAAUGAACACAACUUUUUCUCUAGUAUAUACCACAUUUUACGGUGUUUGCUCACAGCCCAAUUAUAUACUGAUGCAAUGGAAAUUUGUGACUGGUUGACACCAGGUAGACUUCUAAAGGAUACACAAAAGUCUUCAGAUAUAUACACAACAAUAUCACAUCUGUGGCAAAAAGCCGUUGAACGUCAGUUACACGAAGCAUUUAACAACUUAAACGAUCAAACCUGGGAACUACUUACAACACUUAUUACUUAUGAAUGUGAUAUGUUGCAAAUAGCAUAUGGUCAACAAUGGAAACGUGUAUUAAGUAAAAUUGACUUUUACUUUGAAAAAAUCAUGGGAGUGAUAAAACUAUCCAAAGGAUCAUAUUACAAUCACUUUCGUGAUGCCAUGAUAUCCUACCUGAUGAGCUUACGGAUAUCAUUUGAAGGCAAUCACAAGUUAGAAAAUUAUCGUUAUGUAUUGUUGCUAAUCAACAGAAUAAUCUUAGAACAAAUCACUUCAUCAGAAAUUGAAUAUGUUGGCGAUACAUUUAAAAAGUUGUGCAAAGUCUUCGAAAGUGCCAUGAAGAAAGACAAAGAGUGCUGUAAAUGCUUUGAAUUCUAUAAAGAAAUUUGUAUCAUAUACUUAAGACCAGUCAUGUCUUUAAGCAAUUGCGAACCUGAUUCUAUUCGGCAAGUGGUGCAGCGGUAUAAAAAUGUUGUCACUGGCCUUAGGUUUGAUGGUGCAGUCAAGUGGAAUUCGUAUAUGCUAGCCAGAAUUCUGACUCUGUUAUUCACAUACUGGGAGCAAUCAUUAAAAAACGAAAGCUGGCAGAACAUUAAUGCCGAACUAUUAACAGAAACUCUGAUUUUCGUACAAUUUACAGGUUCAAUGCUGAGCCUUCAACUAAAAGACACAUGUAAAGCCUGUAAUGUAGAGGAGUGCAAGCUCAAACAAGACAAUUACAAUGCUGUUGUGUUAAAGCUAAGAUUUCUUUCUGUACUAUAUGCAGUCUCCGACAAGAAUUUGCUCAAAGAUAUUUACUCAAUAAUACAAGCGCUCCUUGAGGAGAUCAUAGCUUCGAUUUUUGAGAUGAAACUAUCUGAAUGCAAACAGUGGACACAAAUGUGGAGCAUCUGUGGGAGUCACAUUUACAAUUUAUGCAUUACCUAUAAGGACUAUUAUGAAGAGAGCACUUUUCUAUCUUCAUUGUUAUGCUCUAGCAUUAUACAAUUUGAAGGCAUCAACUCGUCUGUUACUUACAUACAUCUUGACAAAACGUUGUCCACUGCUUUGCAUAGACUAUGCAGCAUCCAUUAUAAUCAUGAGAAAUAUAGAGAAGCCAUGACUGCUGCAGCUCUCAAUGGUCUCAUCAGCUACAAUAAUUCCGAAACAAAAGCAUUUCGUAUGUGGGCUAAUGUCAAACAUAAAUGCAUCACUUCUGAGAGCAUAAUGAAAAUGACAAUUCUACAGUGCCUGAAGAUAGACCGGCAGUCCAUCACUGAAAUUGGAAUGGAUAUUAAUUUAAAUGACUAUGAUCUUCGGAAGUUAUGUUUGCGAGAGAUUAAAGCAUUACAAGAAGCUCGUGUCAAUCUAUCUGUAGCCAUCGUAGCGGUACUAGAUGAGUUAGAAUCAUUGAAUCCGAAUGCUUUAGAAUAUGGCCAUGGGGUUCUGUUACUUGGGUAUCAUUCACUGAUCUAUGAGAAUCCCGAUCGCUUUUAUGAAUAUCUAAAAAAAGCUGUGUCAAUGUUAAAGAAGGAGAAACAUACAUGGUCUCAUAUCUCUUUGGUUGCCGGUUUUGAAUUUUAUAAAUUUAUUAAUCACGCAAGAACUAUGAGCAAACAAACACAAUGCGAAAUGGACAGUGCAAAGUUUGCUUUGCUUGCACCAAAGUUGAAUUCAACGCAAGAACCUGAAAAUGUAGUGCCUGCUUAUAGCACUAUCAAUGUAAAGGAAGACUCCAGGCUUCAAAAUUAUUUACAGCAGCCACUGAAAACUUGGGCCUUAUAUAUUGAGAAUAUUGAUACUUUGGAAUCUUUUGUACCAUGGGAAUUUGAAUAUACCUUGCAAACGAUAGUAAUCGCUGGUGAAUAUUGCCGGUUACAUAGAUUUCUUGACUGUGAAAUCAAUGCUUGGAAACUUGCGUAUAAUUUGGCCACAAAACAGAAAAAUCAUCGUGUGAUCAUUUAUGUGGUUGGACGAGCAAUUUUGUCAAGAUAUAUAAACAAGGAAUGGAUCGAUACCGCCACAAAGCUUAGUAUAGAUCUAAAACAUUCAACUGAUAACAAUGUUAUUGACGCAAUUGUUACGUAUUGGAUUGGUUUAUCAGAUUUUUAUUUCGAAAUUGGAAAGCACGAGGAAGCUUCAAAAUUGUUCGAUGAAGCAACAAUAUUGCAAGAGAGCUCCAUCCUUUGUAAUCAAUCAACCUAUUUAAUGAGGUUGGAUAUAUUGCUGCGUAAUCCUAAAUUAAGUAUACGCAGUAAUGAGACAUAUAAUUUUUCACUUUAUAUUGUUCAAAGUCUUUAUGCAAUGAUAUCCUUGAGCUCAAAUUUGAUCGAAACUAAGUCGGAAUCCAAAGAAAGAAUAUUAUAUGGAUACGAUGUCCUACUCAGUUCAACGAAUCGCUUGUCUCUACGUUUGAACAGUUUAUUGUCGUUCAAAGAAAUCUCAGCGCACUUGAUCCAACGUUUGAAAAUCUCACAAAAACUUGGAGCAACUUUACGCGUUGCAGAGUGUCUUAAAAAUUUAUGCUUCAUUGACCUUUCCCGGAUGCAAUUAGAUGACUGUGAAGUGAAGCUGCAAGGUCUAGAGCAUAUAUUAGACAUUGAAUCUAUUGAACUGUCCAUGAAGUCUAAAUUGCAAACAGUAGAAACAUCAUCAUAUUCGGUUUCAUCAUCAGAACGUAUGGUUGAGUCAGUCAGAGAUAUCGCACAGAAUCCUGCAUCUCCUGUACUGAGAAGGAAAGUCUUUGCUCCAUCAGACUUUCUCUUGCACAAAGAUUGCACGUGCUACAAGUGCAGAAAUGUACCGUAUCAGUAUUUGGUUUUUGCCAGUACGUAUAUCAGGGCGCAAUUGUAUGCUUUGCAACAUAUGACGUCCGCUGCAAUGGAGCACUUUUACGGUGCGUUUAAAAUCCGACAAAGUAUUUUUGCAAGAGAGAGCCAAGGAUCGUUGGAUAGUACAAUAAAUAAAAUGGAUUUGGAACGACAUCCUUGGGAAUUUUAUUACAACAUGGUGGAAUAUGUUCUUUUCCUAUUGGACUUUAGUCGCUUCAUUAAAGAAUAUAAGUUAGCCAAAGAAGAAAAAGGACUGAAUAUUGCUUUGGAAGCUAUUAACAUAUGUCAGACUCAUAAUCUUGAAAAUCAUCCAAUUUAUGUAUCUGCCAAGGAAUUGCUGUUUGAAUAUCGUUAUCAGAAAAUUCUUUCAACCGUAGAUUAUUCGAAUUUUACAGUCCCUGCAGCUGAUAGUAUAGACGUAAGCAAGUUUACGCAUGUCGAAAAUCCUAAACUUUCGGUGUGCGUCACGCCGACUCAGAACAUACGAAAAAAUCCGAUUAAAUCACUACGACGUCACAGAACUCCUCCUGUAUUAAAACUUACCAAAGUCAGUAUGAAUCUCCUGGAUGACGAAGAAACGACUGCUUCGUUACAUGAAUCAAAAUCGAAAAGAAAUUUGAAUUCUGUAAAAUCAAAACUUCCUCUGAAUGAUUGUGCUGAAUCAAGCGAUGACGAGAACAGUCUCUUUGCACAUGUAAAUCCUGUUCUCGAUAAUCCAAAGAAUAUAAAUUCCGAGCGACUUUCUUUAGAAGAUGUAAUACAUAAGGCAUCUUCUUUGCUGCCUGAAAUGUCGUCACGGUUACGGAAAUUAUCCACCGGUCAAUCAUUGAGAGAGACACCAGAUGCAACAAAGAUUCAGGAAUUAAUUAAAGUACUCGAAGAUUCGACGAUAAAGGAUACUGCUCGACCAAUAAGAAAAUCGAGAAGCAGAGUGAAGCUUGAGAAUAAUAUUUCAUCUAAGUCGAAUCCAUUGAACGAGAAAAAUAAUGAAAAAGUCAACGAAAUAAUCGAUUUAUUUAAGGGACUGCUGCUUUCUAGUAAAUCAACGGAAGAUACAUUAGAGUCGAAUAUCCAUACAUCUCUUGAACUGGAAUCAAGCAACCAUUUGUCAGUUGAACCUGAUAUAAAACUCACACCAAGAGUCAGUGGGAAUAAAAUAAGAAAAACUUAUUGUAAGCAAAGUGUGCGGACUAAGCUCUUUGUAUCAAAUGCCAAAGAUACAUCCGAGAUAGCUAGUAAUUCUUUAAAAAAUAAUGAAAACCAUAAUUCUGAAAAUGUGAUUGACAAGUCAAAGCGUUGUAAAAUUAAUGAGAAUAGAGAUAAAGAGGUAUUGAACGUUCCCAUCAUUACGGUAGAUGAAUUUGAAAAAGUAUCAGGCAAGAAAAAUAAUACAAAAGAGAUGAAAGACGUAAAAUGUACCAUAAAAACUCAAGAAUCUCUUACAUCAAAAGUAUUAUUAUACUCAGAUAAAAAGACUGAAAACGUGCCUAACGAGUUGCGACCAAAAUCUGGAAACGAUCGAAAGAAGCUUCCAAAACGUUCCAUAACUAGUAUGAAAAAAGUUAUCGUAUAUUCGGAUAGUGAAGAUGAAAGUUUUAAUCGCUCAGAAGAUAUACCACUGAUUGAUCCACAACCGAUAAACUCCGUUCGAACUACCAGAUCAAGAAAUACAAGUACCAGACAGUCUAAGAAGAAUAAUUUUCAAGACUUAGAACCAGCGACUUCCGUUUCGUAUAAAGAAUUAGUAAAUGCAGAUGAAAAGAAGUUUCCAAAACGCGCAAUAAGAAUUAAAGAACCGCAACCUUCGACAUCCAAGACAAAGCAAACAAAAUCCCAAAAAAAAGUAUCUCGAUAGUAUUACUUCUAACUGUAUUCUGUGUAAUUAUAUCAGACCGAAACUUCCAAUUAAUAUAAAGUCAAAAAUGCACCUCUUCUUUAUAGGAGGAUACGCAAAUUUACUAUACUGCCAGACUAACAGGAUUAUAAUUUUGCAGCAUGUGUAUCGACAAACUACCAUUUACUGUCUGAAACUUUUAUUACUGUACAUAUACAGAUAGUUUUAAUAAGAGAUUAGUAAUAAGGUGAAUGCAAGUGGAUACAACUAUGGGUUAAAUACAUAAAUGAAUGCGCAAGAAAUCUUGUCUGAAAAUAUUUAUUAAAAUAUAUGAUAUGUACAUCUGGUAGAAAAAAAAAGGUAAGAGCUUAUCGCAGGUGAACUUAAAUAGCUCCUUAAAAAAUGAAAUGAAUAUGGAACCCUUAUUGGGGUUACCAUCUCAAAUAUUUCUCGUGUACACUCCCAUCUUUGUAUAAAUAGUAACUAAUUUUGUUCCAAUUAAAUACUUUACAAACUCAA